AUGAGCAAACGAUCCUUGCCCUCGAAAGACCCUCAAGUGGCCUCACUCCCUGGAUCGGCGUCGGCUUUGGUCCCUGUCCCCAAGACUGUCACGAGGGCCAAAAUGGAAUUGUCGGACAAAGGGGUGUUGGCUUCCACAACCGUGGCCGGCAUGUUCGUGGAAGCUGAGUUGACGGCAGUCCAUGUAUUUGAAGAGACUAUUGAUGAACAGAAGCAAUUGUCUGUGAACGGCCCUGCUAGUAGUCAAAACACCACGGACCAUUGCCACAGUAUGAAAGAGGUGAAGAAACGAGCAGCCAAUGAACCUGCUGAUAUCGAAAAAUCUGCUUCCACUCACAGAGAAUCAAUCCCAGCUCCUCCUGAAUUGCGAAGUUCUAUAGCCAUGAGCAUAGAAUCUCAACCAGGUGCCUUUCCAGUUGCUGGUUUUUUGGGAGAGAGUGGUGAGUUUUGUCAAGAGGAGAGCGGCUCUGAUGACUCGGAAAGCAAUGAAGUACUGGAAAGGAACACAGUUGCAGAAUAUGGUGCGGCCAACGAUUAUCCCCUCUCCAUUGAGGCAAGUGUGGUUGAUGACGAAGAUUAUGAGGAUGCGACGAUUGAUCAUCAUCAUCAUCAAGUCCUGGAAGAGGCAACCAACGUCAAACCACUUCCUCCAGCAGCACCCAGGAGAACAUCGAGACUACCUUUUGUUGUUGUUCUUUUGUUGGUAUUGUUGGCCGCUUUGCUAUCAAUUGUGCUUGUUCCAAUUCGGUCACAAGAAAAUCAAAAGGAUACUUAUGCAUCCCCCACAAUUGCAGGACAGCCUGCAGAGAUUGCUAUCGACGAUGAAAUCACCGCCAAAUACCCGCCCUUUGACAACCACACGGGGGGGCUCCAUCACAAGACACGCACUGACAUCCUUGACAAUCCUGGGAGCCCUCAGUCUAAAGCCAACACAUGGAUGUGGAAUGACCCACUCUUUGAGUCAUAUCCAAGUUGGCGCCAACACCAAAGGUUUGCCAUGGCUGUCAUUUACUACUCCACAGGAGGAGACAACUGGCUUCAGAAGGAUCAUUGGCUGUCCUCUGAUGUACCAGAAUGUGAGUGGUUCUCACAAAGUCCAACACCAUGUGAUGAAGAAGGAAGACUCAUUAUUCAAGACUACAAAUACAACAAUUUGGGGGGCACCAUACCAUUGGAAUUCCAGCUUGCAUCAACAAAAAUUGUUGACUACUCUCACAACAAUAUCUCGGGUUAUCUGCCGCAGCUCACCGACAACAAUCACUUUGAAGAAUUCAUUGUCUCCAACAACAGAAUCAAACCCUAUCCUGUUGUAGCUGACUCUAGUUUCAAAGGAGACUACAGAAAAGUCAUCAGAAUUGAUUCCAACAAUAUUGAAUUCAAAAGCAUAGGACUAUUGCGUGCAUUUCCAAAUUUGGAAAUUUUGAACAUGACCAAGAAUGUGAUUGCCAGCACACUGCCAACAGAAGUACAGUUCACGCCUAAGCUGACAUACUUGGGAAUAGGCGACAAUCUCUUUGUGGGGACUGUGCCCACAGAGCUUGGUUUGCUUCCUGCGCUGAGUGGCUUGGACAUUUCGGACAACCUUGCUCUUCACGGAACACUUCCCACAGAGCUAGGGCUGCUCUCUUCCCUUGUUGACUUGGAUAUUUCCAACAAUGAGGCUUUGAAUGGCACUCUUCCAGAAGAGCUUAGUGCGUUGGAGAAUCUGGUUCGUUUGGAUAUUUCUGGGACAUCGAUUACUGGUAUGGUCCCCAUGGAGUUGUGCUCGAGAAACAACAGUGGUGUUCUUUCGUUGAUUGCCAACUGCAGUCAGCUGGAUUGUUGCCAAUAG